UUGUGCACCGGAAGUAGCUCUUGGGCUGGUGGAACCCAUCGCAGGUGAGACUUACAGUUGGAUUCGGCACAGCACCCGGGGAUCUCGCAGGCUGGUCAGGGCCGUAAGAGUGGAGACCAUAAUGGGCGAACCCCAUGGAUCCAUGAGGAUCCUAGUGACAGGGGGUUCUGGACUGGUGGGUAGAGCCAUCCAGAAGGUGGUUGCAGAUGGGGCCGGCUUGCCUGGAGAGGAAUGGGUGUUUGUCUCCUCCAAAGAUGCAGAUCUGACGGAUGCAGCCCAAACCCAAGCACUCUUCCAGAAGGUACAGCCCACCCACGUCAUCCAUCUCGCCGCAAUGGUAGGCGGCCUUUUCCGGAAUAUCAAAUACAACUUGGAUUUCUGGCGGAAAAAUGUGCACAUCAAUGACAACGUCCUGCAUUCGGCCUUCGAGGUGGGCGCUCGCAAGGUGGUCUCCUGCCUGUCCACCUGCAUCUUCCCUGACAAGACCACCUAUCCUAUCAACGAGACAAUGAUCCACAACGGGCCGCCUCACAGCAGCAAUUUCGGGUACUCAUACGCCAAGAGGAUGAUUGACGUGCAGAACAGGGCCUACUUCCAGCAGCACGGCUGUACCUUCACCGCCGUCAUCCCUACCAAUGUCUUUGGGCCUUAUGACAACUUCAACAUCGAAGAUGGCCACGUGCUACCCGGCCUCAUCCAUAAGGUGCACCUGGCCAAGAGUAGUGGUUCGGCCCUGACGGUGUGGGGUACAGGGAAGCCGCGAAGGCAGUUCAUCUACUCACUGGACCUCGCCCGGCUCUUCAUCUGGGUCCUUCGGGAGUACAGUGAGGUGGAGCCCAUCAUCCUCUCAGUGGGUGAGGAAGAUGAAGUGUCCAUCAAGGAGGCAGCUGAGGCUGUAGUGGAGGCCAUGGACUUCAGUGGGGAAGUCACUUUUGAUUCAACAAAGUCAGAUGGGCAAUAUAAGAAGACAGCCAGCAACGGCAAGUUGCGGUCCUACUUGCCCGACUUCCGUUUCACACCCUUCAAGCAGGCUGUGAAGGAAACCUGCACUUGGUUCACCGACAACUAUGAGCAGGCCCGGAAGUAAGGCGCGGGGCAAGCAGGUGCUCACCUGGUGAUGCUCAGUCAGUGGUCACCACCCCUAGUUCUCGCCAAGAACUGAGGACAGUAUCCAGCCACCUGAGCCACAUGCUGACCUCUUUGCCAGGAUCCUCCAUGCUGCUGUCCAGUAGGGCCCAUGUCCAUCCCUGGGGAAAGGCCAGACCAACAUCUUGUCUGCUUCUGCCCGACCUCCAUGUGUCCCUGCUGGACUAGAAACCAAUAAAAUGGAUUUUCAUGAGCCUG